GGAAAAGCAACAGAACGAGGGAGUUAUGCGCAGUGGGGAAAAGUCUGUCUUUCCACUCGGGACGCGGGUCGAGUUCUAUGGCCUUCGUGGCACAGUCCGCUUCUUUGGCCAGACGCAGUUUGCCAACGGAGUCUGGGUUGGCGUCGAGCUGGACGUGGCCGAGGGCAAGAACAACGGAUCGGUGAUGGGCCAGACCUACUUUACCUGUGCUCUCAAUCAUGGCCUCUUUGUUCGUCCUUGGCACCUGCGCAAGGUCGACGACCUCCGCAAGUUUGGCAAGCAGUCCAUGUCCAAGCACGGAGGCCGCCUCGAGCGCCGUCGCGCCAUCGAGGAGGCCGGCAUGACUCGUCCGCUCCGCACCGUCUUGCACUCGCGCGAGGAGGACAAGGCCUAUGUCUCUUCCAUCAAGUCGCGCAUUCGCUCGCGUGAUCGGCAGGAGCAGCUUGCCGCCCGCCGCAUGCGCAAAAUGCGCCGUGCCAAGGAGCGCUACCUCCGUGAGACCAUGCCGGCCAAGAAGGCUGCACGUGAACGGACUCGCGAGCGCCUCAAUCGCGCGCUCCGCCUGGCACCUGGAGGCGCAGAUGGCCGCUCGCCGUCACCCGGCCGUCCUGUCGCUGUCCCCGCUGGCUUUGACCCGACCGUCCGCCUGCCGACUGUUCCGUACUACAACCCGUCGCUGCAGCCGUGCCGCUUUGAGGUCGGCGACCUCAUCAGGACCAACAAGGACCGCACUACCGCCAACUGCGCCGGCGUUGUCCGGUACAUCGGAUACGUCGAGGGUGAGAGUGGGCUGUGGGUCGGCGUCGACCUCGACCGCCCGCCGCGUAUCGAUGUUGAGCCGGUCAAGCCCUCGCGUUCCCACGCGCACUCGCGCUCACGCAGCAAGCGCGCCAAGCACCAGUCACAACGCAACGCUCGCAUCCUUGCUGCCAUCCGUGGACCCCACUCGGGUGUGUGGAAUGGCGCGUAUUACUUUGAGACCAAGGUCAAGUGCGGUCUCUUUGUCCGCCCCACUGCGCUUGACGUUAUGGAGCCUGGCGAGGUCGCGCUUCGCAAGCAGCAUGAGGAGGAUGAACGGCGCGCCAAGCUUGAUCAGAUGGGCUUUACUGCUGGCGCCGUCUCGCUCGAGGCCGCUAAUCCGUCGCCGGCCUUCCAGCCCAUUACCAAGCAGGUCACCAAGUCGCCGCCGCGCAACACCUCGAUCAUCGCCAUGAACGCCACCCGCGUCGCCGCCGCUGGAGCGGCGAGUCGCGCCCCGGCAAGCUACAGCGACUACGACUAUGACUACGAUGACGACGACAUGGCGCCCAUCCCCAUGCAGGCGGCAGCCACGCCGACGCCCGCGCCCCGCACCCAGGCGCCGGUGCCGGACUCGGACUGCUUGUCUGACGACCUCUCUCUGCCUGCUGCGGCCCAAUCAACAGGCUCGCUCGAUGCUGCCAUGAACUCACGCAUCGUCUCUUCCGCCCUCGAUCUCAUGGCUAGGAUGGAUGCUGUGUUUGAGGCUGCUGCUGGCGGUCAUCCGCUCGACGGGCCUAUCGCCAGCCUUGACCAGUCGCUGGGCAUCUCGCGGACCACCCUGGGUGAGCUCUACGACUAUGUGGCUGACGCCUCUACCGGCUCGUCAAUCGAUCCGGCCUUCCUUUCCGCCUCUGCGGCUAUGAUUGACACCGGUGCCGAGCUCUGCGAUGCUGCCGGAUCCGGCUCGGCCGCCCUCCACGCUCUCUCGCUCUCAAUCCUCGAGGGCUACCUCGACAACAUCCUUGAUACCAUUGUUGUCACGCCCGAGACUGCAGCGGCCAAGGCCCGGACUCUGGCCGCAAGCAUCUCGUCGCAUCUCGCCGAGCUGGCUGCCCAAGGUGCGUGAUGAACGACGUCGGACGAUCUCAUGAGAGAUGGCGCUUUGCCCGCAACUCUGCCACUCCCGAACUGGACUCUAUCCCUCUGCCCGAGACCGCGUCAUCGCCCAAGGCUACGCCGUCGUCCGAGCCCACGCUAUCGCCCGAGGCCACACCAUCGCCCGAGGCCACGUCAGCGCUCAAGCUUACACCGUCACCCGAGCUUGGGUCCACGUCAUCGCCCCCCAUGAGCCCGUGUCUGCGUCGUCGCCGGAGCCCAUGCCAUCGCCCGAGCCUGCUCCGGCGUCAUCGUCCGUCUCCGAGCCGACCCCAUCGCCUGAGCCCGCGCCAUCCCCUUCUGGUGUCAAGGCACUUGGCGCCAAGCUCAAUCUCAACCUCAUGAUGCCGGGCGCCGGUCCGCCCAAGAUCAAGCGGCCGGCUGCAGGAGGCGUGGCGGCGCCGUCGAGCGCUGGAAAUCUCGACCACAAG